AUGAAUUUUAAAUAACUCAUCUAUUGGGAAAAAUAGGGAUAUGAUUAAUUAUGCGGAGUGCAUUGCAUCAAUUCUCUUUUAUAAGGACCCUAUUUUAAUGAAGUCGAUUUAGCCACAAUUGCUUAAGAAUUAGACAGACAGGAGAUUGAAUUGCUAGGAAAAACAGGACGUCGUUUCAAAUCACAAAAUGUAGCUGAGGAUGGCAAUUUCUCAAUCUAGGUGUUGGCUGAAGCAUUAAAAAAAUUAGGCGAUUUGUCAAUUGAAUCUAUAGAUUCAAAACUCAACUAAAAUUAAGACUUGAGUUAAGAAAGUGGAUUUAUAUGUAAUUCCUCAGCUCAUUGGUUUGCAAUAAGGAAGAUUGACAAUGUUUGGUACAACUUAAAUUCAACGAAUAAAAGAGGACCAGAAAUAAUUAGUGACUUUUAUCUAUCAGCAUUUCUGUUAUCAGUAAAAGAGAACGGGUAUUAAAUAUUCGUUGUAAAAGGUGUUUACCCACCACCACAAUUAGAUAAUAUCAAUCAGAAUGAUCGCUAAAAGGUUCUCACUGCCCAAUUCGUCAAACAAGUACAUGAUAGAAGGGUCAAAAGGAAGAACUAUAAAUUGAAUAUAGGAGGAUCAGAUGAAGUUGAAAUGGAAAAGGCAUUGAAGGCAAGCAAAGGAGAAAAAUAUGAAUCAACAGAUGAGGAAUUCGAAGAAGAAGAAGUUCAGUAACCUUAAAAGAAGUAAUCCACUCCCAAAUUCCAAGGAUAAGGAAUUCAAUUUGGAUUUUAGUAAUCAAUAGCUAAUUAUCAAAAUUUUAAUAUUGAUUAGGAUGAUGCUGAGUAUAGAUCGAUUAUACUCAUGACACUUGAAUAAAAAUUUAGCUUUCAAUUGGAAGAGGGCAUAGUUAUCCUAUUCUAAAUGCCAGAUGGAAAAAACAAGCAAUAUACAUUUAGUUAUGAUGCGGCUGUUGAAGAUCUUUAUGAUUUUGUGUUUUAUGAAAGUAGACAAUCACCAAUGAAAUUCACUUUAGUAUGUCCAAUUCAAAAGUUACAACUUUUAGAUGUUUCUUAAUUGCUUCUAGAUAUUGGAGUAGAUACGAUGACAUAAAUUAUUGUAAAGAAAGAAUGA